UUACCGUGGCUGUACGUCUUUGCCGCGUCACGGCCGGAGCCUCACAUCCUGUCGGUGCUUUCAAACCCCAGCUCAGCCGAUGUUGUACACCAUAUACGACUGGAGGACACGGCUAACAGUCACGAUGAUGUUGGACGUUACCUCGAGGAGACUUUACCGAAGAUACCGUCAUACGGCGAUUACCUCGAGAAGCACCCGGACGCCCUUGAACGCCUCAUCUCGCGUGCGGCCGGCGUAUUCAUCUUCGCUCGCAUCACCGUGAACUUCUUAGACGAGCAUCAUAGUCAUCCGGAGGAAUGGUUUGAACUUCUCCUCUCAGGCGGGAGUCCAGCAGCAAUGCCCCUCAAUGCGCUGUAUCUGCAAAUCCUACGGUCCGCAUUUCCCCCCGAAGACUUGCGCGCCUUACCUUCUGAACACAAGCGUCUCCGCUCCCUCCUGCGUUUUGUUGCCCUAGAAACCGAGUCAAUAACUUCUGAGACCAUUGCGUUUUACGAACGCGAUCUGUCAGCCAGCGACAUCUCCGACAUGGUGGACCGCCUGCGCUCCGUGUUGAUGAUCGACCAGGACGGGGAUGUGGUGCCCCCCCACGCGUCGUUUGGCGAGUUCCUUGUGGAUAAGCAUCGGUGCAGUGACGCGCUCUACCAUGUGGACAAGGCUGAAGGGCAUGCUCAUCUUGCAUGUGCUUGUCUAGCAGCUAUGUCCUUUGAAAAUUACAUAUAUCGCCUUCGAAAACCGGACCUGCCGCCCCAGCUUGCACAUGUCAACUUUGGCAUAAUGGUAACCUGCUGGCGGAGGCAUGUUAGGCAAGCCGCAUAUACCGUGGAGUUGGAGGAGCAACUAUCUCAGUUCGUGCAAGAUGUCCGACUGGCCUUGCAAAUAUGGCACCACGGAGGACUUUGGUCUAGUUUCAGCAGGUAUUCUGUGCAGAAUGUAUGGGACUAUCUCCAGGUGGGUGGUUAG